CAGCUGUUUAAACUUAGGAGAAAGUGUGUGAAAGACAGAAAGAGUACCGUCCAAAAGAAGGAGAAGCUGCUUUCAUUGACUUAAUCAUACUUUUGCAUCAGGAGUCAAGAAGAAGAAACAUUUCUACCUAUACACCGACUACAAAGAGAGUGAAGCCAUGGCCAUGUGUGAGAAAGCCAAGUCAAUAAGCGGGCAUCCAGAGGGACCGUAUCGGGCUGUCGAGGCCUUGGAUGGUCUGGCACAUAUAGCUUUUGAAGGCAAGGACACACUGGAUAAGUUAUUUGACCACUCUGUGCAAAGAUUUGGCAAGGCCGCAUGCCUGGGCACUCGAGACGUCCUGAGUGAGGAGACUGAGACACAACCCAAUGGAAAGGUCUUCAAGAAGUUGGUCCUGGGCGAGUACCAAUGGAUGUCUUAUGAGGAAGUUAAUCAAGCAGCGCGCUUUUUUGGUAGUGGCCUUACAUCCUUAGGUCAACAGCCAAAGUCAACCAUUGCAAUCUUUUGCGAAACCCGUGCAGAGUGGAUGAUUACAGCACAAGCCUGCUUCAAACACAACUUCCCCUUGGUAACACUUUAUGCGACGCUGGGGGAAGAUGCAGUUGCCUAUGGGCUGAAUGAGUGUGGUGCCACACACCUUAUCACAAGUGUGGAACUUAUGGAAACAAAACUAAAGAGCAUCUUGUCCCAGGUGCCAGCUCUGACCCAUGUCAUAUAUGUGGAUAAUAAGGAAGUGAGUAGUGAUGGCUAUCCUGAGUCUCUUGUGAUCCAAAGCAUGCAGUCAGUCACAGACCUGGGAGCCAAACCUGAAAACUUGAAUGUGGCUGUGGAGCAGCCGCUUCCUUCAGACCUGGCAGUGGUCAUGUACACCAGCGGCUCUACAGGCACUCCUAAAGGGGUCAUGAUCGUCCACAGCAACCUCAUCGCUGGCAUGGCUGGACAGUGCCAAAGGAUUCCGGGUCUAGGUCAUCAGGACACAUACAUUGGUUAUUUGCCCUUGGCCCACGUGCUGGAACUGACCGCAGAAAUGUCCUGUUUAACCCAUGGCUGCCGGGUCGGCUACUCCUCUCCUCAAACCCUGUCAGACCAGUCGACGAAGAUCAAAAAGGGAAGUAAGGGAGACUGCACAGUACUUCAACCCACUCUGAUGGCAGCUGUGCCGGAGAUAAUGGACCGGAUCUAUAAGAAUGUUAUGAGCAAAGUGCAAGAUACGAAUUACAUCCAGAGGACUCUAUUCAAAAUGGGAUACAACUACAAAUUGGAGCAGCUCAAACAGGGCAAGGAUACCCCCAUUUGCAACACGCUUUUGUUUGGGAAAGUGAAGGCUUUACUCGGGGGCAACAUCAGGAGGAUGCUGUCAGGCGGGGCCCCCCUGUCCCCUGCCACCCAGUACUUCAUGAAUGUGUGCUUCUGUCCGGUGAGCAAUGGCUAUGGACUCACAGAGACCUGUGGAGCCGGCACCAUCACUGACGUUACUGAUGAGAGCACCAAAAGAGUUGGAGCUCCACUUAUCUGCUCUGAGAUCAAGUUACGAGACUGGUUAGAGGGUGGAUACACAAGUGAGGACAAGCCCAAUCCCCGUGGGGAGAUCAUGAUUGGUGGGCCUAAUGUGUGUUUGGGUUACUACAAGAAUGACCAACUGAAUGAAGAUUUCUGGGUGGAUGACAAUGGCCAGCGGUGGUUCUGCACAGGAGAUAUUGGAGAAGUUCACCCAGAUGGUUGUCUACAGAUUGUAGACCGUAAGAAGGACUUAGUGAAGCUGCAGGUCGGGGAGUAUGUGUCUUUGGGAAAGGUGGAAUCAGUGCUGAAAAACUGCCCCCUUGUCGACAACAUCUGUGCCUAUGCCAACAGUGACCAGAGCUAUGUGAUUUGCUUCGUGGUGCCAAAUCAAAAGCAUCUGAAAGCAUUGGCCAGCAAGUGUGGUGUAGAAGGAGAGUUGGGUGAGCUCUGUGGGCAUCCUACAAUGGAGGCAGAGGUUCUGAAGGCCAUGAAGGAAAUUGCAACAUCCAGUAAACUGCUGCGGUUUGAGAUUCCAACGAAGGUGUGCCUGAGCCCAGAGCCAUGGACGCCAGAGACGGGGUUAGUCACGGAUGCAUUCAAGCUGAAAAGGACGGAGUUGAAGCAACACUACUUGUCAGAUAUCGAGAGAAUGUAUGGAGCAAAGUAGAAACAAAUGGACAUCCUAAAAAUGUCUCUCAUGGUACCUUUCAUCACUUUGAUUUUAGUCCUUUUUUGCAUGUGAGAGUGUAUUUGACAUGUUAUAAGCUAGUCAGUUUUGCCAUGGUGUACGUUAAAGAUUACAAUAUUGUACAGUUAAAGAAUAACAUGAUUCACAGAUGGGAAAUAUUGUAUGUAAAUACAGAACUCACUGUUUAGUGUUCACACUCUUUGUACUGUUGUACUUUCUGUUAUAUUUUGGGCCUUCUGGUCCCUGUACAUAAUGUAUCAGUGUUUGUUUGGCAAAAAUGUAUAUUGUUGUAAGGGGACGAUGAUUAUCAAAUAACGAUGUACAAGCAUGCCCAGACACAGUAAAGGAGAGGGAGAAUAUGAUGUCUGUAUUUUUUGAGCAUACUGCUCUCUAGAGGACAUUUUGUCUACUAUUUUGGUUACUAUUUUACACUUCAUCUGUGUAUUUUGCUAUUUAAGCUUUCACCUAUGUACCAUUGUCAUCAAGGCAACUGAGUAGCUACAUUGUUAUUAUUACUAUUACUAUAAUACAAACAAUUAUUAUUAUUGUUGAUUUAUUAUUAGCUAUUAUUAGCUAAUAGCUAUGAUACAUAUUUUGAAUAAGGCCUAGAACUGAAGCAGGUAUUUUAUUUUGAAAAUCAACCAAGCAUUUGUUUCUAAAAUUAAUUUUAGAGGUAUAAAUCAGGUAUAUUGACAUUUCAAACAUUUCCAAAAGUUGUAUUAAAAAUCAUGCAAAAAACAAUAAUGCAUAUGUUUUCACAUCACAUUCAAAAUCACCCAUACUGAUGCCUAUACUGCCACUACGUAAUAACAUUAAAGACAUUUUAAACCUGG